AGGACCACUGCACUGAACACAAUACAUACGGCAUGUGUACGGUACGUGAGCGCGUCAAUUCAAAAAGGUCAAAUGAACAACGAAAAUAUUUCUGAAUUGCUGUUCUUUUUGUCAGGAGUGUGAAAUGUAACUUACAUACAUCCAAAAUGCCACCCAAGCGGCGGACACGAGUAAAAGCUCAGGGAAAGCAGAAAUCUUCCAAAUCAAAAGAAUCAUCCUCAGAAGAUGCAGAGCAAUGUACAGCAGAAGAUAUUGCCAAGCGACUGGCUAAAAAGUACUUAUUGAAAUCCAGCACAGACACAGAACAGUCAGACCAUAAGGAAAAUGAAAAAGCUGCUACCAGGGUGGGCGAUCCUUACGAUGCAGACUUGAGUGACGUAGACACGGCUGCGUCUGUAGAUACAGCCAGCGAUAUGGAGUGCCAGGAGGCACAGCUUGUGCCUCGUAUUCUGUCUCCUUCCAGACGACCUAAUGUGCCGUCAACCCGCACAGUCACAAGUAAACAUGCAAACCCUUCCAAGUCAAACCGGAAACUUCAACAACCAGUCCAACCCUCGGCAAGGCAAGUUCAUCCAAGUUCUGCCAAGACUCUGCCUAGCCAUCGGCAUGACUCUAGAAGACCAUCGGCCACACCAGAGAAAACUGCCCCAGUCCGCACCCCAAAGGAACAGCAUCACUCACUCGAGAGUGACAGUGGGCUGUUUGUCUCCCCGUUCACAAGCCUGCCCCGACACUGCUUGCCCAAGAUGAACGCGUCCGACACAUCCACACCCACAUCCGCGUGCGGCGACAUCCGAUCAGACCUGAAUGACUCGUGCUUUGGCUUCGACAGCCUGAUGGCUCCAGAUCCCCUGGCUCCAAUCUCGCCCGUGGACCCCGUGUCGCCGCCCAGUCACGUUUCUCGUUCACGAUCUGCCCUCAGCGAUGUUUCAUUGACAGGAAACAGUAGUGCAUCCACUUCGUAUUCCGUCGUUAAGCCAGUGAAGCGGAAGGUGUCUGCAGCCAUGGAUGUGACAAGCCUUGUUCAGGAGAAGCCCCAGCCUGUCAAGAAACAGAAGAGACAGUUCAAGCGUGAUGCAGUUGUGCAUAAUUCACAGAAGUUGUGUAAAGCACAGGAGUGGGCGGCACAAAUGGCGGAGGAAUUUGAAGACAUUGAAAUGCAUGAACUCACCAUUGAGGCAUGACAAGUGGCAUACUUUAAAGGUGCAGUAGACGUACAGUGGGCCCUGUACCAGCUUUGCAGCCUACCGUACAGUGACUGAUUAGAAGCAAAUGGAGAUAUUUGCAACAAAAGUUAAGCAUCGCAUUAUACACAGCAGAUUGUAUGGUCAAUUCUUGAACCUUGUGAAAAAACAACAGUGAUGUGCAUUUAACACGUGAGAAGUUUCAGCACAGAGUGUCAUACAGGUCGCCGGUCGCACCACGAAGUGACGUAUGGUGUGCACAAAGUCCACAGAUGGUACGUCACUUGGUGGUGCAACCAACGAGGUGUGUAUGGAAAACCUUUGAGCUGUUAUUAGACUGAAGAUAUAUCCAUUGGUGAAAUUUGAUGAUGAUUAGUUUGACUAAAGAUGAGCCUGGAAUAUGGU